AAUUGCCAGCUACUUCCGGAUGCGUGUAGCACGUGAUCGUUAUAAAUUUACAUCCAUCGUUUCGCAGUUUUCUUGAGGCGCCAGCGCGUUGAGAAAAUCGUAGAGAUUAAACCGACGCAAAUAUGGCAGAGGCAGACCGACCAGGGAAGCUAUUCAUCGGAGGCCUGGACACUGAAACUGACGAAAAGGCCCUUGAGAAGUAUUUCAGCAAAUAUGGCAGAAUAGUAGAAGUUCUGUUGAUGAAAGAUCGGGAAACAAACAAAUCAAGAGGUUUUGCUUUUGUGACCUUUGAGAGUCCUGCAGAUGCAAAGGAUGCUGCACGUGAAAUGAAUGGGAAGUCCCUUGAUGGAAAGCCAAUCAAGGUUGAACAAGCUACGAAACCUACUUUUGGACGCGGCCCACCACCCAUGCAUCCACGCAGCCGUGGUCCCCCUAGAGGCCUUCGAGGAUCUAGAGGAGCACCAAGUGGAAUGAGGGGUCCACCAUCCAGAGACUACUAUGAUAACAUAGGAAUUGUAGAACCCUUUUUCAAAGGGAUUUCAUCCAGAGGCCCCCCACCACUGAAGAGAGGACCUCCGAUUCGUAAUGGAGGCCCCCCACCCAAGAGACACGCUCCUUCUCCUAUGGGUAGAACUCCCAUGUCCAGGGACAGGGACCCCUAUGGCCCACCCCCUCCCCGCAGAGAGUCGAUGUCCAGAAGGGAUGAUUACCCAUCACCAAGGGAUGACUAUUACAGCACAAAGGACAGCUAUUCUAGCCGGGACUAUACGAGUUCCAGGGAUACAAGGGACUACGCACCACCACCAAGGGAUUAUCCCCAAUCCAGUUCCCGUGAUGACUAUGGGUCAAUGUCCAGGGGCUACAGUGAGCGUGAUGGCUAUGGUGGAGGCCGGGAACCCAAAAGCUAUAUGGAGCGCCCUAGUGCAGCUGCCUAUCGAGAGCCCUACGGUGGUUACGGUAACUCACGCAGCGCCCCACCCUCAAGGGCCCCCCAACCAUCCUACAAUGGCAGUGGCGGAAGCAGUCGCUAUGACGACUAUGGCAGCAGUUCCCGGGAUGGCUAUGGCGGUCGUGAAAGUUACCCCAGCAGUCGAAGUGACCCAUACCCCCCUAGCCGUGGUGAGCGAAUGGGCAGGCAGGAGCGGGGGCCAGCACCCCCUAUCGAGAGAGGCUACCCUCCUCGUGACGCGUACAGUGGCUCAAGUCGUGGAGCACCCCGUGGUGGCCGCGGAGGCACCAGAGUCGAUAGAGGAAUUGCCCGCAGCAGAUACUGAGAUUGACUUGGACAUGACAUCAAAGCGACCGCUACGUAAUGCGUGUUCAUUCACUACUUGUAUAAGUGGGUGGAAAGUUGGAGAGGGCAAAAAAACUAGGAUGUCAAAUUCCAUGGACAAGCAUAGGUUUUGAGAUGUUUAUCUUCAGGCUGUCAAUUUCUUUUUGUUUUAAGUGUUAAAAUACUUUUAUUUCCCCAGCCCAUGUAUUGAUAUCAUUGCCAAGUGAUGCGUGUUUAGUUUUUGUACAUUUAGUGCUGUUAAGUCCUGCUAUGCCCAUGGAUAUGGCUUUCGUAUACUAAUAAAGUUUUUAACCAAA